CACAGCAUUCACCAUAACACCAGAGACAGGAAGUAGCUGCUUGCACAGCGCUGGUACAGAAUAAUGGUGUUUCAUGCAGCCAAGCUAAAUAUCUUACCGUGAACAUGGCAGCCCACCUAAAAAGGCGUGUUUAUGAGGAGUUUUCUAAAGUUGUUCAGAUCCAUCAUGAAGAAGCUCCAGCCAAGAAGCUGCGGCUGUCCAAACCCAGCAAAUCUGCAGCUCUGCAUAUUGAUCUCUGUAAAACUACCAACUCCACUGAUGCGUUACAGUACCUGCUGCAGUUCGCACGCAAGCCUGUAGAGGCAGAGAGCGUGGAGGGUGUGGUUAGGAUCCUGUUGGAGUAUUACUAUAAGGAGACAGACAACUCUGUGAGAUUAAAGAUCGCCUCUCUGCUGGGUCUUCUGUCAAAAACCCAGGGUUUCAGUCCUGAUUGCAUUGUGGACGAUGCCAUCAACACACUGGUCAAUGAAAAGUCGCAUCAGGUUCUCGCUCAGCUACUGGACACUCUGCUGGUCAUUGGUUCACAACUUCCUGAGAGUCCUUCAGUCAGACAGAUGCUAGUAGAGGUGGCCUGCAAGCACUUGUCUGAUUCCUACUUUGGGGUGAGGAACAAGUGCCUCCAGCUCCUUGGCUGUCUUGGUCUGGUGGACACUCCUCUCAACAAGGACAGUGAUGGAGUAGGAACACUGAGGCACACAGGAGCACAGAGAGAUGUUCAGACCAUCAUCAGUGAUUACUUUGGAGACCAGGACCCUAGAGUUCGUACUGCAGCCAUUAAAGCCAUGCUGCAGCUCCAUGAGAGAGGAAUGAAGAUCCAGCAGAUCAUAUAUGAUCAGGCCUGCAGGCUGCUGUCAGAUGACUAUGAGCAAGUUCGUUCUGCAGCUGUUCAGAUGGUUUGGGUGCUGAGUCAGCUGUAUCCAGAAAGCAUUGUACCUAUUCCAUCAUCCAAUGAGGAGAUUCGACUGGUUGAUGAUGCAUUUGGAAAGAUCAGUCACAUGGUCAGUGAUGGUUCCUGGAUGGUUCGGGUGCAGGCUGGAAAAACGCUGGGUUCCAUGCUGCAGGUCAGUCCUCACUUCCUGGAGCAGACUCUGGACAAGAAACUGAUGUCUGAUCUGAGAAGGAAGCGUACAGCCCAUGAAAGAGCCAAGGAGCUGUUUGCUUCAGGAGAGUUUUCCUCAGGCAGGAAGUGGGCUGACGACGCUCCCAAAGAAAAAUUGGACACGAACACGGUCAACCUCAUCGCCUCGGGGGCCUGUGGGGCUUUUGUCCACGGCCUGGAGGAUGAGAUGUUUGAGGUCCGUAUUGCAGCAGUGGACGCCCUGUGCCAGUUGGCCCGGUCCUCUCCAAGCUUUGCAGAAAAGUGUCUGGACUUCCUGGUGGACAUGUUCAACGAUGAGAUUGAAGAAGUGAGGCUCCAGUCCAUCCAUGCCCUGAGAGAAAUCUCCACACACAUCACCCUGAGGGAGGACCAGCUGGACACGGUGCUGGCUGUGUUAGAGGACUCGUCGCGAGACAUCAGAGAAGCUCUCCAUGAGCUGCUGUGUUUCACCAACGUCUCCACCAAAGAGUGUAUCCAGCUGGCUCUGUUGGAACUGCUGAAGAACCUCAACAAGUAUCCUACUGACCGCAACUCCGUCUGGAAGUGUCUAAAGUUUCUGGGUUCUCGUCACCCGACACUUGUACUUCCCUUGGUUUCUGAGCUGCUCAGCACACACCCGUACUUUGACACUCCAGAGCCUGACAUGGACGACCCGGCCUACAUCGCGGUGCUGGUUCUGGUGUUCAACGCUGCUCCGUCAUGUCCCACCAUGCCAGCACUCUUCUCCGAUCACACCUUCAGACACUACGCAUACCUGAGGGACAGCCUGUCCCACCUCGUACCCCCGCUGAGACUGCCAGGCAGGAAGCAGGUCUAUGGUCUAGACUCUGUGGACUCGGGCUCUGGUCCAGGUUCUGUGGAGUCAGCUCAGGUCUUUCUUCAACAGAGUCUGAACAGAGUCAGCACCAUUCAGAACCUGGAGGCUCCAGGAUCCCAGGACCUGCUCAACUUUACUAUAAGAGACCUGCAGAGACUUGGAGAACUGCAACCUGAACUGGCUGGAGCUGCUGAUUUCUGUGCCACAUAUCUGCGCUGUCAGCUGCUGCUGAUGAAGGCUCUGCAGGAGAAGCUGUGGAACUUGGCUGUUCCUCUGUGCCUCAAACAGAACGUCACUGCAACAGCAGCAGCUCAGCAGAUCUUGGAGGAAACAUAUAAGCUGGAGUUUCUGUACAGUGGUUUGGAGAACAGACAGGUGGCCUCUAUACAUCAUGUCCGUUUACAGGCCAAAGCUCUGCAGCUCAUCCUGACGGCACGCACUAAACAGGGGUUGGAUCUUCUGAUGAGCAGCUGUGAAAAGUUUUUACAGGAGAUUGAUUCUUUUCAAAGGCUAUUCCUGACAGAGUUGCCUCACCUCCAGGACAGUUUUGUGGAUAAGCUGCUGGAGCUGAUGCCUCGACUGUCGAACUGUAAACCAGCAGAACUGGUGAAGAUCCUGCAGACCACGCUCAGACAGAGUGGCCUGCUGCAGCUCCAACUGCCUAAUCAGCAGAUCCACCGGGCCACAGCCACCAUCAUAGAGCCCACAGGGGAGUCUGACAAUCCGCUGCGCUUUACAUCUGGCCUGGUGGUGGCACUCGAUAUUGAUGCAACGCUGGAACACAUCCAGGAUCCUCAGAAGAGUGUCAAGGUCCAGGUUCUUUAUCCUGAUGGACAGAGUCAUGUGAUCCAUCCUAAACCUGGAGACUUCAGAAAGCCUGGUCCUCACAGACACAGACUCAUCACACAAGUGUACCUUUCACACACAGCAUGGACAGAACCUUCUCAGAUUGAAGUGCGCCUCCUCCUGGCCUAUAGCUCCUCCUCCUUUUCCUCGCUCUCAUCUUUGGCAGUUAACCAGUGGAGUGAAAGCAUGGACAGUGUACCACCAUCAGAGGCCGCUGUUGAAGGAACCAUCGAGUUGAGUAAAGCAGUCAAAGUUUUCAUCAUGCCUAAACCUGCCCGACGAUGAAGACUGCUGACAGGAAGAGGAGAGCAGUCACACUGAGGAGGUGCUGUUACUCCUCACGUCUCUGUGCUUGUACUUUUUACUUUAGUUUUUUUUUUUCAUAAAGACAGAUGUGACCCAC